GAGCUGCGGCGCGCCCAGCCCAGCUCAGCGGCCGGACUAGACAGAGAACGCGGCUGUACAACAGCACCACCUCGGGGCUAAUGCUGCCCAGUGCAGCGGGCCGCCGGCCACAUUAGAGCCGACUCGCCUGUCCCCGCGCCCACGAGAGGUUCAGGUGCCGCCCCGUAAAGCGGAGCGGGCAGUGGGGGGAGAGGCCGACCGGUCACCAGCCCCCCUUCGGCUCAGCGGCGGGCAGGGCUGAGCCCGUGGCGAGCGAGCAAUGAGCUACCCCGUGGGCAGCCCCCGCGGCCCCAGCCAGGUACAUGUGACAGCAUUGCAGCUAUGAGUGGAAUUUUAAAGAGGAAGUUUGAAGAAGUUGAUGGCUCCUCACCCUGCCCUUCUGUACAGGAAUCAAACAAUGAAGUUUCUAGCAGUAAAAGUGCUGAUCGUGCCAAUAGUGUCAGUCCAUCCACUUCUAAUCAUUUUACCCGUACAUGUGACAGCGUUGCAGCUAUGAGUGGAAUUUUAAAGAGAAAAUUUGAAGAAGUUGAUGGCUCCUCACCCUGCUCCUCUGUGCGGGAAUCUGAUGACGACAUUUCUAGCAGUGAAAGUGCUGACAGUGGUGAUAGCGUCAAUCCAUCCACUUCUAAUCAUUUUACCCCUUCAUCAAUCCUGAAGAGGGAGAAGCGGAAAAGGACAAAGAAUGUUCAUUUUAACUGUGUUACCGUGUACUACUUCACAAGAAGGCAAGGCUUCACCAGUGUCCCGAGUCAAGGAGGAAGCACAUUGGGCAUGUCCACUCGUCACAACAGCGUGCGCCAGUACUCCCUUGGAGAAUUUGCAAUGGAACAGGAGAGGCUCCAUCGAGAGAUGUUAAGAGACCAUCUAAGGGAGGAGAAACUUAACUCUUUAAAACUGAAGAUGACAAAGAAUGGUACAGUGGAAUCUGAAGAGGCUAAUACUCUGACGUUGGAUGACAUUUCUGAUGAUGAUAUUGAUUUAGACAACACAGAAGUAGAUGAAUACUUCUUUCUACAACCCCUACCAACAAAAAAACGUAGGGCACUGCUACGAGCCUCUGGAGUGAAAAAGAUUGAUGUGGAAGAAAAACAUGAGCUGAGGGCUAUCCGCCUAUCCAGAGAGGAUUGUGGCUGUGACUGCCGAGUGUUCUGUGAUCCAGAAACUUGUACUUGCAGCCUUGCAGGCAUAAAAUGCCAGGUGGAUCGUAUGUCUUUUCCAUGUGGUUGCACUAAAGAAGGGUGCAGCAAUACAGCAGGUAGAAUAGAAUUUAACCCCAUCCGUGUACGGACUCACUUUUUGCAUACAAUAAUGAAGCUUGAAUUGGAGAAAAAUAGAGAGCAGCAAGUUCCUGCACUAAAUGGUUGCCACAGUGAGGUAAGUGCUCACACUAGUUCUCUGAGUACAGCACCCCACCCAGUAGAAUAUUCACUUGCAGAGAAUUUUGAGAUGGAAACUGACCCCCAGGCUGCAGUGAUGCACCUGCAGUCUGCUGAAGAUUUGGAUUGUCCUGGGGAAGAGGAGGAGGAGGAGGAGGAAGAAGAUGGAAGUAGCUUUUGUAGUGGAGUUACAGAUUCUAGUACACAAAGUUUAGCACCCAGUGAAUCUGAUGAUGAUGAUGAUGAUGAUGAAGAGGAGGAGGAGGAGGAGGAGGAAGAAAAAGCAGAUGAUUUUGUGGAAGGCAUGGGGUCCCAUGCCGAUGUGGUGCCUCUUCCUUCUGUCCUUUGCUAUUCCGAUGGCACUGCAGUACGUGAAAGCCACUCUAAAAAUGCCUCAUACUAUGCGAACUCUUCAACUCUGUAUUACCAAAUAGAGAACCAUGCCCCUGGCAGUAAUAACCACAUCACUGAGACCUAUUCAGAGAGGGACACUGUUAAAAAUGGUAGUCUUUCUCUGGUGCCUUACAGUAUGACUUCAGAGCAGUUUGUUGACUACACACGGCAAUCAGAGGAAAGUUACAGCAGCUCUCAUUACCCUUCUGCAAACCCCUCUGUGAUAGUUUGCUGCUCCUCUUCAGAAAGUGAUAACAGUGUUCCAUGUAAUAGUUUAUACACUGAACAUAGGCCAAGCCACCCUCAAGUGGAAUUUCACUCAUACUUGAAAAGUACCUCUCAAGAUGGAUUUGUUUCAGCUUUGAACGGUGACAGUCACAUACCAGAGCAAGCUGCUGAGAAUUCUAUAAGCCUUUCAGAAAAGAGCAGACUGCAUGAAGAGUGUAUCAAAUCAUCUGUAGUGGAAACAGUACCUGUUUAAUUUAUUAAGAUAUUCUAGGACUGAAUCCCUUUAUUUAAAUGCACUCCAAUUGGAUUUCCUAGAAUCAUAAUUUUUUAAGAUGUGGAUUAAGAAAACUUGGACUAUGAUUAAUAUUCCAGACACAUUUUGUUUUUUUCUUCAAGCUACAUGGCUGUGGCAUUGCACAAAAACAGUUCAUGUAAAGAUUAAAAACAGAAAUCAAACUGUCUUUUGAUAGAAAAUGUAUAAAUUAAAAAAUAUAUACAUAUUUCAAAGUAGCCUACCUGUCAAACUAUGU